CGUCCCUCCUGGGCUUCACUCCGGCAAGGGCAGCUCCGAGAACAAGGAACAAAAAUUCCUUCCUGUGACUUGUUACUUAUCCUCUAAAUCUGUGCAGAGCUGCACUUCCUGACUCUGCUGUGAAGAGCUGGGUAAGAAUGGAUGCAACAUAAAGCAUAAGUCCUGCAGCCUUAGUCACCAAUCUGAUGGACUUGCUGUUCAGGCUUUACUUCCAAACACUUGAAUUGUUUUGAUAUUGCUGAUAAAGAUGACCUCUACUGUAGGUCCACGGCCAUACUAUGAAAAUUGUGGCUUUCAGCCAGAAAAUGUCUGUUCUGCCAGGCAGCCAGUAGGUGCUAACCCGUAUCCCCCGUACUUCACAACAAAUGCUCCAUCAGUGCCAAGCUAUGUCCCAAAGGUUGAUACCUAUCAGUCAAGUAGGCCAGUAGCGCAUUCAUCCAGGAGAACAUGUUCAUCAGGUGUAAAGAAAGCCAUAAUCAUUAUAGUAACUAUUUUAAUAGUAAUUUGUUGUGCAGUUGCUGCUUUCUUCAUUUGGUAUUUUGUAGAGAAUCGUUGUCUUGGCUCCUUAAUUGAGUGUGGAUCUUCAGGAGUCUGUAUACCACCCUCGCAAUGGUGUGAUGGAGUGAGUGACUGCCCCAGUGGGGAGGACGAAAACCGGUGUGUUAGACUUUUUGGACCAAACUUUAUCCUGCAAGUUUAUUCACCUGUCAGCAAAUCCUGGUAUCCUGUUUGUCAAGAUGACUGGUAUGAUGAUUAUGGGAAGACUGCAUGUAAAGACAUGGGCUACAGUGUAGAUACAUACUACUACAGUGAAGGAGUAGCAACUGAAGAUGGCUUUAAAAGCUACAUGAAGCUGAAUGAAAGUGCUGGGAAUGUAGAUUUGUACAAAAAGCUGUAUUGCAGUGAUUCCUGUGCAUCAGGAAAGGUGGUUUCUCUGCGCUGCAUACAGUGCGGCCUCUCCACUAAAAGCGUCAACAUCAUGAACAGAAUUGUGGGUGGCAGCGGGGCAGUGCUGGGGCAGUGGCCAUGGCAGGUCAGCCUCCACGUGCAGGGCACCCACAUCUGCGGGGGCUCCAUCAUCACGCCUCAGUGGAUAGUGACGGCUGCACACUGCGUGGAAGGACAAUUUUCUGAAGCGCACAGCUGGAGGGUUUAUGCUGGGAUUCUGAAUCAGAAUGAGAUGAUCAUCAAAAAUGGAUACAAAGUGCAACAAAUAAUUUCCCAUCCAGAUUAUGAUACAGAUUCUAAAGACAAUGAUGUCGCCCUUAUGAAGUUAGAGACAUCGUUGAGUUUUACUGAUACUGUACAGCCAGUUUGUCUGCCUAACCCAGGAAUGAUGUUUGAGCCUGAUCAAGAGUGCUGGAUAUCUGGAUGGGGAGCAGAGAGCCAAGGAGGUAAAACAUCAAAUAACUUGAAUUAUGUUAGGGUGUCCUUAAUAGAACAGUCUACGUGUAAUUCUAUCUUUGUCUAUAAUGGUGCGAUUUUGCCCACAAUGAUCUGUGCUGGAUAUCUAGAAGGAGGAAUUGAUUCCUGUCAGGGUGACAGUGGAGGUCCUCUAGUAACUAACAAAAACUCCUUGUGGUGGCUGGUUGGAGAUACUAGCUGGGGAUCUGGCUGUGCUACACCCAAUAGGCCAGGAGUGUAUGGGAAUAUGACUGUGUUUACAGAUUGGAUUUAUAAAAAUAUGCAGGCAAACCGAUGACAAUGCUGGCUGUCCUCCUUGCUGAUCGAUGUUUCUGAGAACAAGAAUAAAUGAAGCCAUGGGUGCCUGGGAUAUUUAUUCACUUUGCAAAUGAUUUUUUUUCCUCUUUGAAUUAUUUUAAAAAAUAACAUGAAGGAUUGCACACUCGGUUCUGUGCUGGCUACAGUGACUGAUCUUAAUCAAUGAAGGAUUAUCACAAUGAUCACAUUUCUUCUUGUGGUGGUCUUGUGCCUGGCGGAAACUGUUCUGUCACCUGCUUGAUGAAAUGUCUCUCUUUAGUUGAAUAACUCUGACUUGAUAAUCAGGUACAGGCUUAUAAUGGCAAUUUUAAUCAAAAUCUAAGAUUUUUGUAUCAGGAUGAUGAGACAGUUGGUUUAGUAGUGUUUUAAAUUAAAUGUUAAGUAAUGUGAAUGUUGACUCUCUGAGCUGCUG